AUGCCCGGUUUUUCUGUCAAUGACUUAAUGUCCCCUAGCGGGACCGUCGCAGGUCACCUUCAGGAAUCGCCUCUUCCCGAAGCCCCAUUGGCGCCGCCAUCGUUAGCCGUCAACCACGGCAGCAAGUGCCGAUCUGGAAGGAAUAACUUCGAUGUCUACAAGAACGCCCUCAAUAUGAUCGGGCCAAUCAUGAAGGGAAGGGAGAGUUGCGCGGAACUCCAUGACGGAUGUUUCGGAUAUCCGAUGGAACGAAGGCCGACCCUCGACGACACCAGCCACUGCUUCUUCCCUCCGCUUCAUUCUACUUACUUGAAUGAAGCAUAUCCCUACGGGACGUUAUUUGGAGAUCCUACAUCACACGGCAUCCGGGCCUAUCGUAAACCCAAGCGUAUAAGGACAGCGUUUUCGCCGUCCCAACUGCUUCGACUGGAGAGCGCUUUCGAACUCAAUCACUACGUCGUCGGACAGGAAAGAAAGCGCCUCGCUGAAUCUCUCAGUUUGACAGAAACUCAGGUUAAAGUUUGGUUCCAGAACAGGCGAACAAAAUUUAAGCGCCUUCGAUUGGAGGAGGGAGACGAAGCGACCGAGACGGGGCGCGAUGUCUGGCGAAACGUGAAAGCCACCUCACCGACCUCCCAGCAGGACUGCCUCAGUCCGACCGACGAACGACACACCGACUCACCCGAAUGCGACGAGGAGGCGCUCAAUUUGACUACAAAAGGCACACCCAAAACGUCCUUUCACUCCACCUUCCCCUCGCGGGUGCUGCCUCUUACCAGCCUCCUGGAAUUUCAAAACAAAAUGACCCAUGUCCUGCAAAGUCGGCUCACUAACUCGUGGACUCCACCGCUGUGA